UUCAAUGUGGGAGCUAGAGUCGGAUUAAAGUAUCGUACCGACUAUUAUGAGUACCGAUUAAAGUCUUUUUCGUAAGUUCGAAGAUCGUCGCCCCGUGUCAUGCUAAACGCAUCCUCUGAAUUUCACAUUGCUCCCCCCUCCCCCAACCUCUCUCUUCCCUACGUACUCCAUCGUAGAUUCUCUGUCCGUACAAUCCCACCGGCCUCUGCCUUUUGCUUGAUCGAGGCGUUGCGUUGCGCACACGGAGUUCCUUCCUCAUUUUCAUCCUUUUCUCUGUUCGUGUGUGUCUGAGAGAGAUCGGAAGCAGAAGAAGCGAAGGAGGUGGAUUCGUGGAUUGACUGACUGAUCGAAGCUUCUUAGAUCGACGAUUACUUACGAAGGGGAGGAAGGAAAUGGUGGAGGACAAAGGGAUUGGGGAAGUUGAAAAGGAGUCUGCGGCUGGCGGUGCUGCUACGACGACUAAUAAUAAUAAUAAUGAGGUUGGGAAGAAGAAGCAGCGGGGACUUCUUUCUCGCGUUUGGAAGGGAAUCUUUAGACUACAUGGUGAUGAUUUCGAGAAGAGACUGCAGUACAUUUCUAAGGAAGAAGCCGCUGUUCUCAACAGAACGAAGCGGAGAUCCCGGACUUGGAGGCGGAUGACCCGUAAUCUUAUCAUAUUCUCUGUCAUUCUUGAGGUUGUUGCUGUUAGUUAUGCUAUAAUGACAACAAGAUCAAUGGACUUGAACUGGAAGAUGAGGGCGUUCAGUGUCUUGCCAAUGUUUCUUUUGCCUGGUUUAUCUUUUGUUGCUUAUUCAGCAUUUAUAAGCUUCAUAAGGAUGUGUGAUAGGAUGGACCAGAAAACUCUGGAAAGACUUCGGGCUGAAAGGCAGGCAAAAAUUGAUGAGCUUAAAGAGAGGACAAAUUAUUACACUACUCAGCAGCUUAUUCAGAGAUAUGACCCUGACCCAGCAGCAAAGGCAGCUGCUGCAACUGUUCUUGCAUCUAAGUUAGGUGCAGAUUCGGGCCUGAAGUUGUAUGUGGAAGAUGAGUCAAGGCUUAAUGCUCCAACAGGGAAAAGCAAUGAUGCUGAAUUUGUGCAAACUGGUGGGCUUCGAAAUCGGAAACAAGUGCACACCAGUUCCAACAGUUCAGGUGGCACUUCAUUGCAUCAUUCUGAUGAGGAAACACCUCGUUCUGAGGGAACUGAGGGUCCGCAGACUUCCGAGCAUAAUCACCUGGUAGUUAGCCAUAGUUAUCCUCAGGAAUCAGCCACACAGGAUGGAGGAUGGAUUGCUCGAAUUGCAGCAUUACUUGUGGGUGAGGAUCCAACUCAAUCCUAUGCACUCAUUUGUGGCAACUGCCAUAUGCACAAUGGACUUGCCAGGAAGGAGGAUUUCCCAUUCAUUACCUAUUACUGCCCACAUUGUCAUGCUCUAAACAGGCCAAAACAGUCCGAGGAGGAGCAUGUUUCCGGGUCCAAUACCCUCAAUAUCGGCUCCCUCAGAACAGGGGGCAGUGAUGAUGUAAUCAACGAUCCCAGUCCUUCUACGAGCGACAGUGGUCUGACAACUGCCAGCCCUGUAAGAGCUGGUUCAGAGAUUGAGGAAAUAAUCGAAAGGGAAACCUCCGAGCAGGUAGGUAGUUGAAAGCCAGUGUUGGGAUGGAUCAUGGAGCUAUAUCUAAUUAGGGGGUCUCACCAAGAAACAUUUUUUUAUACUUUUUUAAGAUUUAAUACGUAAUUACUAGUUUUGGUUGUAAUCAUCGAAAUCGUUUGCACUACUUUUCACAAAAUCUUCCAACAAUUGCAUGAUUUGGGGGCUGUGCAGAAUCAGUGAAGCCCGAUUAAUCCGCUAAAAAUCAGAUGCUACGUACAACAAAAAUGUGGAAGUCAUCUGGUCCGUCUUUAGACCUUUGUGUCUCCAGUGGAUGACAACACGUUUCUUCCUUUGUUUGGAGGAGGUUUCUUAGUACCCAUGUAUGCGACAAGAUCUAGAGCUCCUGUUAAAAAUCCUAAUCCCAUUAUUCCAUUGGUCCAUCUAAAUCUUAGUGUUAGCAAUUAGCAAAUACAAUACACUUUCACGAACUCGACCCAAAGAAAAGAAUACGCAGCAAGCAUAGAAGACUCUGGAAGAUUUGGCUCACCUGUUUUAAUAGUAUUGUGAGCAUUUAAGCAUAUCUGUAAAAUCAUAUCAGAAUGCUGGUACGAUGUAAAAGUCUCGUAAUGACGCUGAGCCCCUUUCUCUCUCUCCCUGAAGUCAGUCCAAACAAACGAUCCCAAGAGUCUUGACUGUCUCUCUGUCUCUGACUCUGACCCCUCCCUUCUUCCCCAAGGGACUGUUCGACCUUUCCUUUUUUUUUUUUCCCGGAAUAAUGUUCGCAUCUAAUUUUAUUUUCAUUCCCAACACCCAAACAAAAUACCAAGAAAAUGAAAGGUUUCCUGCAAUUUCAUUCGUCGGUGAAACUCCAGGCCCCCGGCAAUCGAAUCAUUCCAUUUGCAUCAUCGAACUCCAGGCUUGACUCUCUCUUGGUUCCAGUUUUAAACUCCCCCCCACCCAAAACAAAAAAAACCAAGAUAAAAGAAGCAGAGGUUUCUUUCGCCUUUCUCUCGUCUCUCGCAUGGUCAAUCAGGUUCGUAAGAUGAGCCGACCAACUACGCGAAGCAAAAACAAAAGAUACAGACAAGAGGAUAGUGUUGAUAUGACUUCUGAAAUAUUGAGGGUAUGUGUGGCCAAAUAUACACGAGGAAGUGGCAGCUCUAGAAAGAUGAGAAAGAAUGAUGGCAACAUUUUGCUUUGGGAGAAGAAACAAUUAACAUAAAAACUGGGGUGGAGUACCAUUUUCUCUUGCAUAUUUUUACAUCCCAUAAAGAUGGAGCGAAAUCAUUUUAUUUUUGCAUAAGCCAUCUUCAUCUGGUUCAGGCUUUCUGUCUCUUACUUGUAUCCUCUUCAUACAUUGAUUCUAGGUAUGCUUAUAUGCAUUCCUGUCUGCUUAAUGCU